AUAAAAACAUUUGUCAUUAGACGGUUUAGCUUCAGUAUUCUGAUCAGUCUCAAAUUGUUGAUUCUAAUUUUUUUUUUAAAACCGAACAGUCGGACUUCUUCAUUUACAAUCGAACAGUUCAUUUUUAGUGCGAAAAUGAAAAAUUUGGCUAUUUUCUUGCUAUUCGUUACACUGGCCAGUGCCGUGGAAAUCGAAUCGAACGGCAAAAGUAUCGAAAAGAAGCAAGAGAAACGCGGUAUUAGCAGUCUAGGCUAUGGGUACGGUUCUUCGGGACUGGGAGGAUACGACAAUGGUUUUGGUGGAUAUGCUGGUUUGGCGAAUGGAGCAUACGGUACUCCCGUAUCGUACAAUCGAGUUCAUUACACUACUGGUGGUUAUAAUGGAGGCUAUGGUGGCUAUUCGGGAUUGAGUCCUUAUUCAGGCUAUAGUGGAGUUGGUGGAGUUGGUGGAGUCGGCGGAUACACCGGUGGAUACAAUGGCAUUUAUAAUGGUGGAUACAACAGUGCAUAUAAUGGUGGUUAUCGAAGCGGAUAUUCUGGAAUUUACAAUCGAGGAGGUUUGGGAUAUUCAGGUCUAGGAACUGGCUACUCAACAUUGGGAAGCGGUUACAAUUCGUUCGGAAGUGGUUACUCUGGUCUCGGUUACUCGUCGGAUGGAUAUUCCAGUGUCUAUCCGUAUUCAAGAGUGGCUGGUUUGGUCGGAUCUUCGCCAUACACCGGAUAUGCGGCGAAUGGUGGUUAUGUAUAUUGAGAGGAUAAAAAAAAAAUUGAAACACUGCGAGACGUCGAAUUGAAUGAAUUUAGCGAUUUAUGAACGAAUCGAAUGUGGAAAAUAAAUUUUUGUAUUUGUUUGUACAUAGCAA